AUGAUUGUUAUAAUUGUUUUUGUUUCUGUUCCCUAUUUACUUUUAUCUUAUGAAUUUCAUUGUUGGAAUACCUUCUUUCAAGAGGAAGAACCGGUUGGAAAUGGGUAAGUUAUACAUUCAGUUUUCAAAACAUAGCUAUAAAUGUAUGGUCUUUUUAUAGAACACUUCUGUAUAUCAACAAAGAAUUGAAAGCACAACAAAUAGUCGAUAUUCAAGAAGCUGUCAUCCACGUUUUGAUAAAUCUGAAGAAAAUGCCAAUUCCAUUGUAACAAUAUAUAAUUUUCCAUAUACCAAAACGUUUCUUAUUUCAGAACUGUUCACGAUAUGCCAUCAUUUGCAUCUUGUGCUUGGUCGAAAAAUGAAUUAGAACAACAACGUGGACUUCCAGCUUUGGCACCAAUUCCUGUUCCACCAACUCAACCACUUGGUUACUCACAAUACAUGUAUGGAUAUUCAUGUGAUUCACCAACUCCACGACCUUUUUUUAUUCCAACUCCCGGUGAAUUGAUGUAUUCUUCAUUUGGAACAGCACAAUCCAACCAAUAUAUGGUUCCUCAAAAUGAAGUAGAAGUUGUUGAUCAAUCACAUUCUGCUUUGUCAUCUUAUUUGACAAAUUAUGUACCUUCUCCAAUCACUACAAAUGCACCAAUGGACUUUGGUGAUGAUGUAGUAAGUUGUGCUAUUUUAAUUCUAUUUUAUCCCGAUUUUCCAAACUUCACUUAUAUUUUCAGUCAAAAACAACUCAUGUACAAAACAAUAUUGAUUCGGAUGAGAUCAUGCACGGGAGCGAACAAAAGGUAAGAAAAAUGUUUUGAUUGAGAAAUUAAUAAUGAAUGUUUUACUUUUCAGAUUAUUGAAACUUCGCUCAAGUUCGAUCCACCAAAUAUCUAG